CUCAUUGGUCUGUUCAUAUGAUUGUUGUAGCCAGUGACCAGAUCAGACUGGUGAAUGGAGAUGACCCAUGCUCUGGCAGAGUGGAGAUCUACCAUGAUGGUCAGUGGGGAACGGUGUGUGAUGACAUCUGGGACCUAGACAACGCUGAGGUGGUGUGUAGACAGGUGGGCUGUGGCAGAGCUGUGGCUGCUCAAAGCUCUGCCCACUUUGGAGAGGGCAGCGGGCCCAUCUGGUUGGAUGAUGUGAGGUGUUCAGGAAGUGAAUCUGCCCUGACACAGUGCCAGCACCUUGGGUUUGGGUCACACAACUGUGGUCACAAUGAAGAUGCUGGCGUGGUUUGCUCAGGGAGUAGUUCCAUAAAUGCAAGUUUGGUGAAUACAACACCAGCCCUAAUACCUGGUAUCAACGUCAGUUCAGAAGCAUCAAGCUCAACAAGUUCCAGCGGCAGUAUCACAACAUCAUUUCCCGGAUCCAACCUUACCAGUGCUGCCAACAAUGUCACAUUUCCAGUGACCUCUUUGACCACCAGUGACCAGAUCAGACUGGUGAAUGGAGAUGACCCAUGCUCUGGCAGAGUGGAGAUCUACCAUGAUGGUCAGUGGGGAACGGUGUGUGAUGACAUCUGGGACCUAGACAACGCUGAGGUGGUGUGUAGACAGGUGGGCUGUGGCAGAGCUGUGGCUGCUCAAAGCUCUGCCCACUUUGGAGAGGGCAGCGGGCCCAUCUGGUUGGAUGAUGUGAGGUGUUCAGGAAGUGAAUCUGCCCUGACACAGUGCCAGCACCCUGGGUUUGGGUCACACAACUGUGGUCACAAUGAAGAUGCUGGCGUGGUUUGCUCAGGGAGUAGUUCCAUAAAUGCAAGUUUGGUGAAUACAACACCAGCCCUAAUACCUGGUAUCAACGUCAGUUCAGAAGCAUCAAGCUCAACAAGUUCCAGCGGCAGUAUCACAACAUCAUUUCCCGGAUCCAACCUUACCAGUGCUGCCAACAAUGUCACAUUUCCAGUGACCUCUUUGACCACCAGUGACCAGAUCAGACUGGUGAAUGGAGAUGACCCAUGCUCUGGCAGAGUGGAGAUCUACCAUGAUGGUCAGUGGGGAACGGUGUGUGAUGACAUCUGGGACCUAGACAACGCUGAGGUGGUGUGUAGACAGGUGGGCUGUGGCAGAGCUGUGGCUGCUCAAAGCUCUGCCCACUUUGGAGAGGGCAGCGGGCCCAUCUGGUUGGAUGAUGUGAGGUGUUCAGGAAGUGAAUCUGCCCUGACACAGUGCCAGCACCCUGGGUUUGGGUCACACAACUGUGGUCACAAUGAAGAUGCUGGCGUGGUUUGCUCAGGGAGUAGUUCCAUAAAUGCAAGUUUGGUGAAUACAACACCAGCCCUAAUACCUGGUAUCAACGUCAGUUCAGAAGCAUCAAGCUCAACAAGUUCCAGCGGCAGUAUCACAACAUCAUUUCCCGGAUCCAACCUUACCAGUGCUGCCAACAAUGUCACAUUUCCAGUGACCUCUUUGACCACCAGUGACCAGAUCAGACUGGUGAAUGGAGAUGACCCAUGCUCUGGCAGAGUGGAGAUCUACCAUGAUGGUCAGUGGGGAACGGUGUGUGAUGACAUCUGGGACCUAGACAACGCUGAGGUGGUGUGUAGACAGGUGGGCUGUGGCAGAGCUGUGGCUGCUCAAAGCUCUGCCCACUUUGGAGAGGGCAGCGGGCCCAUCUGGUUGGAUGAUGUGAGGUGUUCAGGAAGUGAAUCUGCCCUGACACAGUGCCAGCACCCUGGGUUUGGGUCACACAACUGUGGUCACAAUGAAGAUGCUGGCGUGGUUUGCUCAGGGAGUAGUUCCAUAAAUGCAAGUUUGGUGAAUACAACACCAGCCCUAAUACCUGGUAUCAACGUCAGUUCAGAAGCAUCAAGCUCAACAAGUUCCAGCGGCAGUAUCACAACAUCAUUUCCCGGAUCCAACCUUACCAGUGCUGCCAACAAUGUCACAUUUCCAGUGACCUCUUUGACCACCAGUGACCAGAUCAGACUGGUGAAUGGAGAUGACCCAUGCUCUGGCAGAGUGGAGAUCUACCAUGAUGGUCAGUGGGGAACGGUGUGUGAUGACAUCUGGGACCUAGACAACGCUGAGGUGGUGUGUAGACAGGUGGGCUGUGGCAGAGCUGUGGCUGCUCAAAGCUCUGCCCACUUUGGAGAGGGCAGCGGGCCCAUCUGGUUGGAUGAUGUGAGGUGUUCAGGAAGUGAAUCUGCCCUGACACAGUGCCAGCACCCUGGGUUUGGGUCACACAACUGUGGUCACAAUGAAGAUGCUGGCGUGGUUUGCUCAGGGAGUAGUUCCAUAAAUGCAAGUUUGGUGAAUACAACACCAGCCCUAAUACCUGGUAUCAACGUCAGUUCAGAAGCAUCAAGCUCAACAAGUUCCAGCGGCAGUAUCACAACAUCAUUUCCCGGAUCCAACCUUACCAGUGCUGCCAACAAUGUCACAUUUCCAGUGACCUCUUUGACCACCAGUGACCAGAUCAGACUGGUGAAUGGAGAUGACCCAUGCUCUGGCAGAGUGGAGAUCUACCAUGAUGGUCAGUGGGGAACGGUGUGUGAUGACAUCUGGGACCUAGACAACGCUGAGGUGGUGUGUAGACAGGUGGGCUGUGGCAGAGCUGUGGCUGCUCAAAGCUCUGCCCACUUUGGAGAGGGCAGCGGGCCCAUCUGGUUGGAUGAUGUGAGGUGUUCAGGAAGUGAAUCUGCCCUGACACAGUGCCAGCACCCUGGGUUUGGGUCACACAACUGUGGUCACAAUGAAGAUGCUGGCGUGGUUUGCUCAGGGAGUAGUUCCAUAAAUGCAAGUUUGGUGAAUACAACACCAGCCCUAAUACCUGGUAUCAACGUCAGUUCAGAAGCAUCAAGCUCAACAAGUUCCAGCGGCAGUAUCACAACAUCAUUUCCCGGAUCCAACCUUACCAGUGCUGCCAACAAUGUCACAUUUCCAGUGACCUCUUUGACCAGGAGUAGUUCCAUAAAUGCAAGUUUGGUGAAUACAACACCAGCCCUAAUACCUGGUAUCAACGUCAGUUCAGAAGCAUCAAGCUCAACAAGUUCCAGCGGCAGUAUCACAACAUCAUUUCCCGGAUCCAACCUUACCAGUGCUGCCAACAAUGUCACAUUUCCAGUGACCUCUUUGACCACCAGUGACCAGAUCAGACUGGUGAAUGGAGAUGACCCAUGCUCUGGCAGAGUGGAGAUCUACCAUGAUGGUCAGUGGGGAACGGUGUGUGAUGACAUCUGGGACCUAGACAACGCUGAGGUGGUGUGUAGACAGGUGGGCUGUGGCAGAGCUGUGGCUGCUCAAAGCUCUGCCCACUUUGGAGAGGGCAGCGGGCCCAUCUGUGCCAGCACCCUUGGGUUUGGGUCACACAACUGUGGUCACAAUGAAGAUGCUGGCGUGGUUUGCUCAGGGAGUAGUUCCAUAAAUGCAAGUUUGGUGAAUACAACACCAGCCCUAAUACCUGGUAUCAACGUCAGUUCAGAAGCAUCAAGCUCAACAAGUUCCAGCGGCAGUAUCACAACAUCAUUUCCCGGAUCCAACCUUACCAGUGCUGCCAACAAUGUCACAUUUCCAGUGACCUCUUUGACCACCAGUGACCAGAUCAGACUGGUGAAUGGAGAUGACCCAUGCUCUGGCAGAGUGGAGAUCUACCAUGAUGGUCAGUGGGGAACGGUGUGUGAUGACAUCUGGGACCUAGACAACGCUGAGGUGGUGUGUAGACAGGUGGGCUGUGGCAGAGCUGUGGCUGCUCAAAGCUCUGCCCACUUUGGAGAGGGCAGCGGGCCCAUCUGGUUGGAUGAUGUGAGGUGUUCAGGAAGUGAAUCUGCCCUGACACAGUGCCAGCACCCUGGGUUUGGGUCACACAACUGUGGUCACAAUGAAGAUGCUGGCGUGGUUUGCUCAGGGAGUAGUUCCAUAAAUGCAAGUUUGGUGAAUACAACACCAGCCCUAAUACCUGGUAUCAACGUCAGUUCAGAAGCAUCAAGCUCAACAAGUUCCAGCGGCAGUAUCACAACAUCAUUUCCCGGAUCCAACCUUACCAGUGCUGCCAACAAUGUCACAUUUCCAGUGACCUCUUUGACCACCAGUGACCAGAUCAGACUGGUGAAUGGAGAUGACCCAUGCUCUGGCAGAGUGGAGAUCUACCAUGAUGGUCAGUGGGGAACGGUGUGUGAUGACAUCUGGGACCUAGACAACGCUGAGGUGGUGUGUAGACAGGUGGGCUGUGGCAGAGCUGUGGCUGCUCAAAGCUCUGCCCACUUUGGAGAGGGCAGCGGGCCCAUCUGGUUGGAUGAUGUGAGGUGUUCAGGAAGUGAAUCUGCCCUGACACAGUGCCAGCACCCUUGGGUUUGGGUCACACAACUGUGGUCACAAUGA